AUGGAUAAACUUCUCCAAAUCACGUCUACCUUCGGUGAGGAAGGAGGCCUCAUAUUCAAUCCCGCCAAAUCUGCGGUUUUAGAAUUCAAUCGGGUAGACGACACAACCGAUAAGAACCUAUUCAUUCAGGACGCAAACUAUCUCGAGGACCAGGAAAAAAUGUGGAAGGAGAGAACGCGCAAGGCGCUAUAUCAACUACAUGCUAAAGUGCUGUGGAAGUUCAAUCGCUUUGAAACGACGAAAAUGCAGUGGAAAGCCACCUGCGUUCCAGCGCUAAUGUACUGUGACACGGUAACCGUCAUGUCGAAUACUCGACGGAAAAACAUAGAGUCAGCCCAGAGACAAGCAACGAGGUGGGCGCUAGGAGAACCAGCGUGCAACUUAGCCAAUGAAUCCUUGAAAGGAGAGCUAGGCUGGUCAACUUUCGAAGAGAGGGGAGCCAAGAGUAAAAUCACAGACUUCAAGCGCACACAAGAGAUGCCCGACGAUAGAUGGGCGAAACGAAUGCUAACCAUGAUUAGCAUCAACAAUGCCAAAAUCAAAGCCGUAGAGAGGAUGAAAACGCUUUCAUUGAAAUAUGACUGCGAGAAGAUACCGUAUUCUCUCUAA